CUCCCUUCUUCAGACAUCGAACCCCACUAGAAGGUUCAAUGAAAUCGUAAUUUCCUAACUUUCAAUAAAGAUACCGCAACAACUAAUAACGUUAACGUCGUUAGCACUAACGUUAGCUAGGUACUGGUAGCUAAAGAUACAAAAAAAGACACCAGAAGACAUUCGAUUUACAAAAAUCACUAACUGAACGGAUAAACAGAAUUCUCAGUCAGGAAUGAUACAAAAUACGCUAUGGAAAUAUGAUUCAUAUACUGAGGUAAUGAUUAAACGAGCGACUUCGAGACUAGUGUGACUAAAAUCAGGCUGCUAGGAAGCUGUGUAUCGGGUAGGAAGUGGGCGUUGCUACGUUGUGCAAAAGGUCUAUUAGUCUUCUUUAUUAAAUCAUUAGCAUUACCGUAGUUCAAAGAGCAACCCGCACUCUUCUUUUAAUCACGCCCAAGACGCCCGCCAAUGAAAUCAUUUCUCAUCCGUGUGGAAGGGAAGUAAACAGUGACCAAGAACAAUUUUCACGAUAGGGUUUUUAUUAUUGUUAUUUAGACAUUUAUUAACACAGGACUUGGUUGAUAUAUGUUACGUUAUUUAGGUAACGCUUGAUAGCUUCUAACGUUAGCUAGCUAACAGUGGCUAUGGGUUUUCACACUCAAAUGGCCUCCAUUAUGGAGGUGCUAGCUAAUGCAGCCGUGGCAGAGAUCUGUAAACUCGUAGACGACGAUUAUGCAGUGUUUCGUUUGGAAAUAUCUCAGGGCCAAAAUGAAAACCGGGCAUUGCGGAGGAAACUACAGCUACUAGAAUUGAAGGUUGCACGGGAGCGCGCAGAGCGGACGAUCAGAGAACGCGUCAUCGCCAGUCGUCCCAGUAGUGACAAGAUCCUCGACCGAUACAGAGGAAUGGCAAGAGGUGAAGGACAUCUCACUGGAGGCUACAGGACCUUUAUGAAGCCAGCGGGACACAAUGAAUGGAGAGAUGACCAAUCAAUCACUGUUGAUGAGGGGAGUGGAACCUCAACCCAACACGUUAUUGUGAUAGAAUCUGCAGAGGCUGAAGGUCCUGGUGUCAAGCUAGAGAGGUCUGAAGGAGAGGAGGACCCACGGCACAGCAGAGACAUCCAGACUGGAACGGCUGACACGCCCUCUGUAGACAGAGAGGACCCCACCACCGCCCAAGCACAGCCAAGGACCCGUCGCAGCAUCACGGAGGUCAGUGGAAUGCCGAACACCGUCCUCAAGUCAGAGACAGACACCAAGACUUUAACUGUAACACACAGUCUCUUACAAACAGGAUCUGAUCACAGAUCAGACCCAAAGAGACUGGGGCCGAGGAGACUGGGCUGUCUUCCUGCUCCCGGCUCAGAGUACUUACCAGUAUUUCACCAGAGCCAGAGAACGUUUAAUUCCUGUGGGGAUGGUGAUGGUAACGCUUUAGACACUGGCGGUGAUGAUUCAUCUUGUUCUAACGCUGCAGAGAUGGGCCCUGGCAACAUAUCCUUGGGUUUAGAGACACAAACGGAUCUGUCUAGAGGGGACUGGAACCGGUACAGUAGUAGUGUAUACUCUGAAGGGUGCCGAGAUAAGAAAGGGGAGAGUCUGGUCGUAGAUGAGGUGACUGUGAAAGUGGAGGAUGACGUUCCUCCCACAUGGAAUGCAAAUAGUCACCUAGGAGACGGAAACUCACAGGGCAGAGAUGUCUUAGAUUACAGGGAAAGCUUAGAGACAAAUCUAAAUGUCAAGACCCACUCCCCGUUACACACAUUCAGGGAUUGUGACCCAGUGUCCACAUUGAUGGGGCCUUCCGAUUUACACAGCCAUGUCCUUUUCGAUCAGGUAUUGAACUCAAACGACAGGGCUAGAGCCCAGACUCAGGGAGGGGGAGCCACAUCAGGCAAUGGUAAAGAGAAACGGUUCCUCUGCAUGUUCUGUAACAAAGGCUUCAGCUGCCUCCAGAAGGUGGAGGUUCACCAGAGGAUCCAUACAGGGGUGAAACCCUUCAGCUGUACCCAGUGUCACAUGCGCUUUGCCCAGGCUGGCACUCUGAAGAGGCACCAGAGGGUUCACACAGGGGUGAAACCCUUCAGCUGUACCCAGUGUCACAUGCACUUCGCCCAAGCUGGUGACCUGAAGAGGCACCAUAGGGUCCACACGGGUGAGAGACCCUACAGUUGCCCCCAGUGUGAGAAGAGAUUCACCCGCCAGCAUCAGCUAAAGAUGCACAUGAAGGUCCACACGGGAGAGAGGCCAUUUGCCUGUACGCACUGCGGGAAGACAUUCUCAGAGAUGAGCUAUCUCAGGAUACACCAGCAGAAAAAACAUUCCACUCAAUAGCUUCAGAUUUUUAGAUGUAUUAAAUAUAAAGAUUCAUUUUCAUUCUUGUCAGCAGAAAAAUACUCACAAAUGCAUUUGGAAUAAUGAGAGUAACAUAUUUCAGUGUUGAAUAUUUCUGCGUAGAAUACUGCAUCCAGACAUGAUUAUAUAUAUAUAUAUGUUUGUAUGUUUGUGCCUAAAAAGGUUAUUACAUAUUGUGUUUGUACUGUGCAGGCCAGGGAUGGGCAUCUUUGAUGGGGGCGGGGGCCACAAAAUAUCAGAACUCAGUCAGAGCUGGCUCUAGCCUUUUGGGGGCCCUAAGCUACAUUUAGCAACUAAAGCAUUUUAGCAGCCCCCUUCUUGGCAGCAAAGAUAACAUUAUUUUAGUUUUAGAGUUAAUUUCCUGCAGUUCUACACAUUUUGCCAUGGGUUAAAGAGACGGGGUUAAUCCACAGACAAAAGGGGCGCUGUCAGUUGCCCAUCCCUGGUGUAGGCUAUAUGUGGCGCGCUCUAUCAUAAUCAGUCGGUAGUCGCAAUGACUAAUUUGCAUAUAAAUUGUGUUUUUGUCAAAAUGUA